CACCCGGAGUGCACAGUCGGGCAAGGUGCGGAGCAUCCCAUCGGAAAAGACACCACUGUCCGUGUCAAGGACAUUUUUAAUCCAAAGUGGUCAAAAUAGUAUUUUCAAAGGGUGCAGGGGAAUAAUUCGCGUUGGAGAGCAAGUCUCCGAAGUCCAGCAAAUAGACAUCAAGCAUAGAGGCCAAUGCAGUAGUCUGUCGCCAUGGCCUCAGAUGCAAGUCACAUGUUGGAGGCAGCCUUGGAGCAAAUGGAUGACAUCAUUGCAGGCUCCAAGGCUGCAGCCGAGUACACCAACGGCCUGUUUGAGCUGGGCUCCCCGGGCAGCGCGGGACCCCUGCAGGUGCUGCAGCUGGUUGAGGACCUGAGGCUGGCCCUGGAGCUGCAGCCCAGAGAGGAGGAGAGGGACACCCUGAGGGCCCAGGUCCCCAGCAGCACCGCUCACAUGCUCAUGGACUGGCUUGACAUGGACAGGUACUCAGAAAGGGUCUCGGUUAACCUCUGCUCCCCGGUGAACAAUGAGAGCUAUCAGGAGCGGCUAGUUCGCUUAGAGGGGGACAAAGAGUCUCUGGUGCUCCAGGUGAGCGUGCUCACAGACCAAGUGGAGGCCCAGGGAGAGAAGAUCCGAGACCUGGAGAGCUCUCUGGAGGAGCACUACCACAAGCUCAACUCCACUGAGGAAAUGCUAAAGCAGGAGCUGCUGAGCCGGACCUCAUUGGAGACCCAGAAACUGGAUCUGAUGGAUGAGGUUUCCUACCUGAAACUGAAGCUGGUCGACAUGGACGAGGAACAGAACCACAACGACAGCAGCGAGGACCAGCAGAACAAAGCUGAGUGUGUGGUAAAUCUGAUUAGCGAGCUCCAGGAGCAGAUGUGUAGGUUUCAGGAAGAGAUCCAUACCCGGAUCAUGGAGAAACGGGCCAUGGAGGCCCAGGGGGAGAGUGGUGCCCGCAAGGCCUACAGUCAAUGCCCCGACGUGGGCUUGGGUGGCUCUGACGUGGAGGAGUUUUGCUGUCGCUGUGGAGGACAGAAUGGCUUUCUGCAAGAACUCCGGUUUCUCAAGAGUAAAGUGGAUGAGCUGGAGGGGGAGAAAUCGCAGUAUGAGAAAAAACUAAAGGCCACAAAGCUGUCUAUCUCUUACUCUCUCCAUGUGUGUUACCAGUCGCUCUUGUCCAAGCUCUCUAGCCUGAAGCUCACUGUAGAGCACACUCAGGUAGAGAAGCAGCACUGGGAGGAGCGAUGGCGGACCGCUCAGGCGGAGAUAGCAGACCUACAGCAGAUGCUGGCUUCCAAAGACUCUGCGAUUGAGGGCCUACAGAGCCAGCUGGUCUCCAGAGGCCCAAUGACCAAUGAGAACCCAGAGAGAGUAGAGGAGGUGUAUAGGAGACAGCUGACAGACAAAUACCAAGAAUUGCAAAGGUUGAAAAUGGGGAUGGAGUCUUUGGUAGCAACUAAUUAUGAGAAAGACCGUCACAUAGAGGAGCUGACUGUUCUCCUGGGCCAGUACAGGAAGAUGAAGGAGGUGAUGGCCCUCACUCAAGGGUCCAGUGAGAAGCUCCUGGUUGGGAGCAGUGAGGAGGAACUGAGUGGGAGUCUGAAGAUGAGGGCUAUCACCCAUAAAGCUCAUUCAGACAUCAUCCGGUCAGCGAUGUCUUCUAGAGGCUCCUCUCCCCUGUUAGUGUCUCCCUCGUCCUUCCAGAAAGAGCUGGACUCCAGCUGCCGCAGUAUCCAGACCUCCCUGGAGACGUCGAUGGUGAUGGUCUCCCAGAGUGAUGCUGGUUGCUUCUACAGCGGAGAAUGGUCCCAACCACAGAUGCUUUCAAGUAGCCUGGAGGAGUUACAAAGUGGAUCGUUACCAAAGCAUGUCGUGGUGGAUCAACCAGUUGAACCGGUUUCAGAGAAUCAGCACAUCGAAAUGAACAAAUAUCAGACCCUACCAGGGAAGCUGUCUCGACCUGACAUGAAUGGCGAUCGAGAGCAGUGUUCGACGCCAGACCAGCUGUCCCCUGACGAUAGCGAGGACAGUGAGUUUCACCUAAGAAAGUCGGAGAGACUGGAUGAGUCCACACUGUCAGACUUGUCUCCCCUGUCGUCUGGAGUGGACUCAGGACAGCAGUCCCCUGUCUCUCCAGAGAACAAGAAGAACCACCGGGGCAUCAAGAAGCUCUGGGGAAAGAUAAGGAAGACACAGUCUGGCAGCCUGCAGGGAGAGGACCUUGAGCCUGGAGAGUUUAAGAGGGGGGGACUGAGAGCCACCGCCGGCCCUCGCCUGGCCCGGGCCGGAGAGACAUUGACCUCUGUGCGGGAUCUGAAGACGCCCUUCUCCAAGUGGACUCCGGAGCAGGUGUGUUGCUGGCUGGAAGAGUAUGGGCUGGGCCAGUAUGUGAUUCUGGCCCGACACUGGGCCGACAGCGGGCAAACUCUCCUCUCUGCCUCACCACAGGAUUUAGAGAAGGAGAUGGGGAUUAAGAAUCCACUGCACAGAAAGAAGCUGCAGUUGGCCCUGAAGUCGUUCAGCACCAAACUGACAGAGAAAUCCUCUGAACUGGACCACAUCUGGGUCACACGUUGGCUUGAUGACAUUGGUUUACCUCAGUACAAGGAUCAGUUUCACCAGGGAAGGGUAGACGGCAGAAUGCUUCAGUACUUGACAGUGAACAACCUCUUGUUCCUGAAAGUGACCAGUCAGCUCCAUCACCUCAGUGUGAAGUGUGCUAUCCACGUCCUCCACGUCAACAAGUUCAACCCCAACUGCCUGAAGAGAAGGCCUGGAGAUGAGAACAAGACGUCUCCCUCGGAGGUGGUUCAGUGGUCUAACCACAGGGUGAUGGAGUGGCUUCGCUCGGUGGAUUUGGCGGAGUACGCUCCCAACCUGAGAGGCAGCGGGGUGCACGGGGGCCUUAUCAUUCUGGAGCCUCGUUUUAACUCAGACACCCUGGCCAUGCUGCUGAACAUCCCCCCUCAGAAGACCCUGCUGCGACGCCACCUGUCCACCAACUUCAACAUGCUGGUGGGCUCCCAGGCUCAGCAGGAGAAGAGGGAGUUCAUGGAGUCGUCUGGCUACACUCCCCUCAGCACCACAGCCAAAGUCAGGCCAAAGAAGUUGGGCUUCUCAAACUUCGGCCACCUGAGGAAGAAGAGAUGUGACGACUCGACUGACUACAUCUGCCCCCUGGAGGCGGCCCAGGCCCAGGCUCAGCUCCAGGCGGUGGUGAACGGGGCCCACCGGCCCUACUCCGGCUUUAGGGGCCUCAGCCCAAUCCUGGACAGAGACCCAGACAGACGAGAGCAGAUGGCGGUGACAGAGGGGACCGUACUGCAGAUAGAAGCUCUUUCUGAGGGAAUAAACCAACUCACAUAUUUGCUAAGCCGAGACGAAGUUCUGAAGGAGAUGAGACGGGCUCAAACAGCACUAGUCUGAGAGGACGCUACGCUGGCCACACUAAUUAACGCAGCCAAUCAACCAAGGGAAACCUCUAUCUGCCUCAUACCUCAACCUAACCUCAAUGCAGGAGGCUUUACCAGCAAUCUCAACUGGCCAUACCCCUUACCUCAUCAUAAUACAGGACUAUAAUGUAUACUACUUCUGUAUUAGUGGCACGAACACAAUGACCGGUGAAGGAAUUCUGUUUUACAUGCGUCAUUGGUAUGUAGCGCUUCCCCAAACUAGAGUAAAUAGCAUGUGUUUUAUAUUUUUGGUGAAAGGUAUAGGCCUCCCCUAUGCAAAUUAGCCUGUAAGAUUGCUCAAACUGUAUUAUUUUGUACUAUUUGACAACUUUUUUGUAUGUUUUUUUAGAUUAGGGUCGUUCCACUAAAUUAGUCCCUUUUGGGUAGUUUCAUUUGGUUUAAAAAAAUAUAUAUAUUUAACCUAAUUUAACUUUCUAUCAUUAAGAGCACAUGUUCAACUUAAUUAAAAAAACAUGUUUCCCCAUCUCAAGAGGUUAAAUGAAAAACAAAAGAUAAUAGCAAGUGCCUAUUGAGUGGCAAAUAAAGUAACCAGGUUUAUUGUAACAGGGUUGACGAUUUCAUCUUAAAUCAGCCAUAAAUCCUCUCGUGAGAGGGGGAAUGGAAGCUUGUUUUGUGCAACAGGGAGGGUCAAAUGAAUGCAAGCUUUAAAAAAAAAGGAAAUUGUUUUAAAAAAUUCUAGCCUGUCUAUCAGUGGUUGAAAGGGUUGACGUGUCAUGCUCGACCUACAAGAGUAGAAUCAGCUCUCCGGCUUUUACACUAUGAUUUGACUAUAAGAUGUUCAAUGUUUCUCCUUUUUUAUGUUCCAAAAGGAAUAGUUUCACCAUAUUACAAUGAGAGUUCAGUUCAUGUAACAGGGUUGACAUUUCUUUCUUUCUUUUUUUACCUUAAAAUAAAUCACACAUCUCAUGAAUUAAAUAAUAAUAUUCAGAAAUUACUUUGACAAAGCAACAAAAUAACUAGGGCUUUCAAUGAAGGUGAAAACUUGGAGAAAUGUUGGGGUUAAAAUCACAGAGGGACAUGUCAAAAUGCAGAAUUUUGGCACUUUAGCAAGUCUUUAGGCAUAUUUAAAACCAGAUGCAUUGAAUUAUCAAUGUGGUCUAUAUUAAAGGGCACUUCAUUUAAUUUAAGGGUCUUUUAAAAUGUAAUAUAUGCAAAGGGGACUCAUUUUGUGGAACAACCCAUUACCUGGACACAUCCAUGAUUCAAACAAGGCACUAAGACAUCCUGCAAACAAACACACCAACACUUAAUACAGCUAAUUUGUAUAUGACCAAUAAGAAACAGUUUUUUCUAUGUUUCAACACAUAAUUCGCAUAUAAUUGAAUAGGCAGAUGUAGUCCUUUAAGUAAGUCCCUUUAACAGUCACCCGAAUGGAGGAUCGCUUCUGUAACAUAAGAAAUACUAAGGGAAGCCUGCUCCCUGGGAGUUAGGUAGCCCAGUGAAGUGUCCAUGCCCAGGUAUAACCUGUACAGUAUGAGGAUCCUAUUGCAGGUUAAUCUGCAUCAACCCAGCACAUCACAAUAUCUCACUAGGGUUUCAGAGAGGAGAGAGGGGCUGGAGCUGUUCCAAACAUCAAAGGCAGACCCAUACUGGUGAGUUUUAAUUGACUUAUUUUUAUCAUUUUUUCACCAUUCUAGAGCAAACAUAGUAUAAUUAAAGUAUUUUUAGGGUUGAGGGUUCCAUUAGGGUUGAGUACCCUUAUGUACAUUCAAUCCAUGUUAUUACAGAAGUAUAACCUAUGUAACGUUUUGUUCAUGUAAGUUAUAAUUUCUACAACAAUAAACUAUACUGUUGUUAUCAAAUGUUCAGGUCAUAAGGGAAACCACCCUCUGACCUAAUCAUGUAGACAUGGGGAAGAUAGAGAGCAAACAACCAGCCCUGGACAUUCCCAAGAUAAUCUCAACCUGUUGGGAGAAACCACCAUGACCAUUCCCAACAUGAACUUCAAUUUCUCAACCCUGUGGGGGAGGAGAGAGCAAGCCACUAGCCCCAGACAUACCCCGUGUAUUCUCCCCCCUGUGGGGGAGGAGAGAGAGCAAGCCACUAGCCCCAGACAUACCCAGUGUAUUCUCCACCCUGUGGAGAAUCCUUAACAAGCCCAACGAUUUUGUCCCUCUAUCCAAAUACUGUGUGGGGAUAGCUGCCGCCAGGACCCAGGAGUACCUCCUGUUUCCCUCGACCCAGAGGACAUGUUCCAGCCCUCAACGAGAUCUUCCUAAUAACCUAUAUUACCCAGAGCAGCCACCUCCACAUGACCGACUCCUCCAACUGCACCACAAUGACAAAGCAGCAGCGCAUAUUUCUGGGUGCUGACUGGGCGUGGGCUGUGCUGGAGAGGCCCACCAAGAACCCCUGCAUCUAGAUUGCCGUGCAGAUCCUGCCCCUGACUGAGAGGGGGGAGGGACGGCAGAGGACUUCUCCCCGGAGAUAUAUACUGAAUCCAUGCAAGAUGGCCAAGACGGAGUCUGCUAAUAGGAACAAGGCAGAGACGGUGGUGUAUUUUUGCACCUCCAUCGGUAAUGACUGCUACUCCCUCUUUCUCCUAUUUGGCCGCAAGGGCGACUCUGGCAACAUCUAUGGGGUGCUGAGCAACAAAUGUCACAAUGCUAUAGGAAGAAUAAGAACAACCGGGCACUCAUUGAGAAUUUCUUUAAAAGGGUCCAGGUUCUUACGCCCACAGGAACGCUUACAGGCUUUCGUCACCAAGAGAGACGGUGACCCUUUAACUCUGCUCAUCAAGUUUACCUGACCAGUAUGAUCGAUAACCGUGCAACCAUUUGUUACAUUUCUCUGUGUCUAUUGUAGUGUUUCAAAUGGGGGGGGGGGACUGUUGUGCUUGGUGGGUUUAUGCUUGCCUGGGACUCAGGCCAAUUUCAGCACACUGGGUCCCUGUGUCCAUGUCUCGUGUAAACUACUGACCCAUGCCUCGUGUAAACUACUGACCCAUGCCUCGUGUAAACUACUGACCCAUGCCUCGUGUAAACUACUGACCCAUGCCUCGUGUAAACUACUGACCCAUGCCUCGUGUAAACUACUGACCCAUGCCUCGUGUAAACUACUGACCCAUGCCUCGUGUAAACUACUGACCCA